GUAUUUGAUACCGAGACUGCGGUAUGGUUGUAGCUGAGUUGGAGAGUAAUAUGUUGUAUUAUCCAUAUAAAGUGGUAGUAAGGGUUAAUUUUAGGUAAAGUAUGUGUUUUAUAGACCAAACUCCGGGUUUCUAUCGGCAUAUAAGCAGCAUUUUUAUUUUAAAUCUAGAGAACAUUCUGGAAGAGUCACAUGAUUCUGAUGGACCAGUUGUGUGACGCUGUUUAAAAAAAAAAAAAGUGACGUUGUGGUAGUCUUGUUAUUUUGUGGCGUGUUACUGUUGUAUGUGAGUAUCAGUAAUUUACAUGUACUAUGUGAUAAAUUCAACAGCGACUUUAAAGAACCGAGGAAGAUGAAGGGGAAAACGAAGUGGAAAUUCUCUAAAUAAAGACGUUUUCUAAAUAAAAGUGAUGUUUAUAAGAGAAAAAGUAGUAUUUGUUGUGGCACGUGAGGCACAUUGGCCAAUGGCAGCGCGUGCAAUGAAGAGGAGAGUAUAAAUACCGGCGGUUGCUGAGGGAGCUGGCCGCCAUAGAAGAUUAUAAAUAAGGGAAGGAGGUAGUAAAAAAAAUAAAUAAUAAAGAAGCACGUUCUGUGUAAAAUUGUAUUCGAGUCUCCAUAGAAAUUACCGGCGUGAACCUUCACUGUUCGUCCUCCCAGCAGAACGUCUUCGGUACUGGGCACCUGCCGCAUUUCUGCAGUUAUACAAUCUUUGUGCCAGUGAAAGACGGAAAGGUAAUGCAGGAUGAUGUAUGAGGAUGUUUGAUUUACUGAGUAUUGUAAACAAUCAGCAUUCAGUGCAUUAAUGAAACAAACACCUUCAAGAUGUCGGAGGCAAAAGGAUUGCAGAGUUCUAACCGUGGAAACCCUCCACCCCCUGAAUAUAAAAACCCUAAGAAGCCUGGACGUCUUACAAAUCAGCUGCAGUACUUGCACAAGGAGGUCAUAAAGGCUUUGUGGAGCCAUCAUUUUGCGUGGCCCUUUCGACACCCUGUUGAUGCUGUGAAACUAAGACUUCCUGAUUAUCAUGUUAUUAUAAAGACCCCAAUGGACAUAAACACCAUUAAGAAGCGCCUGGAGAAUAACUACUACUGGAAAGCUGUGGAAUGUAUAGAAGACUUUAAUACCAUGUUUACGAACUGCUACGUAUAUAAUAGGCCUGGAGAUGACAUUGUGUUAAUGGCACAAGCAUUGGAGAAGCUUUUCCUUCAGAAAGUGGCACAGAUGCCCCAGGAAGAGGUUGAAUUCCCAUUGACCAUAAACAGAGUAGGCGGAGGCAAAGGAAGGAAACCUUCAGCAGGUAAGCUAAAGCCACCUCCUCCUGUAUCUGAAGUUGUCGUCCAGCAAACAGUGACUUUGAUUCCUCCGCAGACCGUUACUGCAACCCCGACUGCACCUAUGUCAGGAACACAACUUGUAUCAAAAGUCAAAAAGGGUGUCAAAAGGAAAGCCGAUACAACCACUCCAACUACAUCCAUUGUAACGACAAGUAGCGAGUCUUCACCUACUCCUGCAGAACCAAGGCCUUGCAAGAUAAUAUCAAGAAGAGAAAGUGGUCGACCAAUUAAACCUCCAAGAAAAGACUUGCCAGAUUCUCAGCAGCAGCAUCAAAUUGGCAAGAAACCCAAAUUGUCGGAGCAACUGAAGUACUGCAGUGCAAUACUUAAAGAAAUGUACGCAAAGAAGCAUGCAGCAUAUGCUUGGCCCUUCUACAAACCUGUUGAUGUAGAAGCUUUGGGACUUCAUGAUUAUUAUGACAUUAUAAAACAUCCAAUGGACCUUGGCACUAUGAAAAAAAAGAUGGAGGACCGAGAAUAUAAAGAUGCACAAGAAUUUGCAGCAGAUUUUCGGUUAAUGUUGAUGAAUUGUUAUAAAUACAAUCCUCCAGACCAUGAAGUUUCAGCAAUGGCAAGAAAGCUACAGGAUGUGUUUGAGAUUCGGUUUACCAAAAUGCCAGAUGAACCUGUUGAAAGUGCAACCCCAGCUCCACCUUCAACAGAAAUGGACAAAACUCCCUCCAGCAGUGAGAGCUCCUCAGACAGUGAGAGCUCCUCAGACAGUGAGAGCAGCACUGAUUCUGAAGAGGAAAGAACUCUGCACCUUGCAAACCUCCAAGAGCAGUUAAAAGCAGUACGUGAGCAACUGCAAAUGUUAUCCCAGGCCCCCCUAUUGAAGCCAAAGAAAAAGAAAGACAAAUCAAAAAAGGAAAAGAGGAAAAAAGAUUACAACAAAAAAGAGAAGACAGGAAAAAAAUGCAGCGAUGAAAGGAAAAAAACAAAGUCCAAGCAGGUGCAGAGAUCUAGAAAAAGAUCUUCAGGAAGUCAUAAUAAAAAAAGCAAGUUGCCCACAAUUCCAUGUGACUCAGAACAUGAAGAGGAAUCCAAGCCUAUGUCAUAUGAUGAGAAAAGGCAGCUGAGCCUCGACAUAAACAAGCUUCCUGGUGACAAGCUUGGGAAGGUUGUUCAUGUAAUCCAGUCAAGAGAGCCUUCACUGAAAGACUCUAAUCCUGAAGAGAUAGAAAUUGACUUUGAAACAUUAAAACCUUCAACACUGAGAGCUCUGGAGACAUUUGUCAUGAUCUGUCUAAGGAAAAGGCCAAGAAAACCAAGUGAGAAAAGGAAACUGAAGCCCAAUAAGGCGCUUCAAAUUGAAAAAAAGCAAGAAUUGGAGAAGCUGCUAGAUGUCGGUGGACAGUUACAUUCAGUGAAGACACAGAAAACUACAUGUGCAAACACCGAUGCUAAUGCAGAGCUUGGCGGACCCUCUCGACUCAGUGAGAGCAGCAGCUCUUCAAGUUCAGGCAGCAGCAGUAGUAGUGAUUCUAGUGCAACUGAUAGCAGUGACUCUGAAUCAGAACAGAGAACAAAACGGAAGCAAAGCUGCACCGACAAUCUUGAUUUCAAAAUGCAAGCAAAGGAAUUAACGCCGAUACUACAGCCUUUAUGGGAUAAUGCUCUUGCAGGUCAAAUCUUACCUCCGUUUAGCACCAGUUUACAGCUUUCAAUACAACUUCCCCAAGAGACGGAGAUACACAAAUUCCAGACAUUGAAACAUAUACCACUAGAGCCACCUGAACAAAUAACUAUAUCGCCUCCAGCCUUACAUACUAGUCUGCCACAACAGCCAUCAAGACCUAGCACCAAAGCAGCACCUCUACCUCCUAAACACAGGCCUUCACAGUUACAGCAGCCAGGGUCUGCAAAUGCACCUCAACAAGAGGCAACCCAACACGCUCCUUUGCAAUCUGCCCAUGACCACAUAUUGUUGCAAGAGCCCCAAAAUGAACAGGCUAAACUACAGUCCAGUUGCAGUCUGGUACAUUCACUCCCCCAGUUAAAAACCACACAGCAGCCACAACUGCCUCAGCAUCAGCAGAUGCACAUGCAACAUCCCCAGAUCUUUCCACAAACACUGAAACUGCAAGCUGGGCAACAUUCCCUCAACCAACUUAACCACCCUUCUCAGAGCCCACCUACUAGGAUGCAGGUGGAAGGUUUAGGUCUUUCUUCACUUCUGUCUCCUUUGAAUUCCCCAGCUGGGUUACAUGCAUCUUCAGCAAGCCCCUUCGUAAUGAACAGUGACAAUAUCAAAAUGGAGUGCCCAAUAUUGUCCCCGAUUCAUGGCAGUCCACUGUGUAAUAAGGCAGAACCUAAACGUUAUCCAGUGGACCAAACAGAAUUACAGUCUGUUGAAAAGGAGAAUUGUGCAGAAGAUGGAUCAGAUAUUACACAGACAUUAUCAAAAACUGAUACCAGCCAUUCUGAUGGGGAGGAACAGGACAAGAGUAAUACAAAUCUUAGACAACUUGGGCCUGUCAGUAGUUGUGAUAAACAGAUGGAAGAUCUUAUAACUCCAGUCGUACCUAAAAAGAUGGUUCCCCUUCUAUUUCACAAGUCAUGUCAGGUGAUGUUUUCUGUGGCCAGAGACACUAUCUGAGUCAACAGAUUCUUUUUGUGCGAUGUUAUGUAAAAUGCAACAGGCUGCUACGAUUUUGCAGAACACUUGUGGAUCAUACUGAAGAGAUCCGCCCGACUUAUCAAGACAGCAAAAGCGCAUCUUCAGUAAUCCAGUCGUUUGCUCAAUGACUCAUGGGAUAACCACUGUCUCCUAUAAAAUAAUUUCAUUAAUAUUUAAAGUCCUGUUUGUUGUUGGUAUUAUUACUUCCAUUUAGCAGAUGAUAGCAAUGGCAGUCCCAUACAACAGUGAACAUUACAAUGUACAGAUGAAAUAGACAAUAAAUAAUAAUGCAUUACAAUUACCCAGUAAGAAGCCAUCAGGACAAUUAUCACCUUAAAAAUUGGCACACAAUGCAUUUUGAUCCCAAAUGAAGGCAUCAUGUGUAGGUCCCGGAAAGUUGACGAACACAUUAGUAAUUAUAUAGUCGUGUCGACACACUAUCUGUGUGUUAAUAGAAUGCCAACCCUUUCUGUUAAUGAACACAUUACCAUUAUUAGAUUGUGUCCUUAUGGCUAUAUGCAAGCAAUCAAUUGCCCCUAAAACAUUAGGCAUGCCUGCAAUAUCGUAGAAUCCCUGCUUUAUAGAAUUGUGUGCCCUAGCAUUAAGUGGGAAGAAGAUAGAAGUAGAUAUUCUAGAUACUAAUGCAUUGGUAACUUGUUAGUUUGCGGGUAAGAAGACGGUGUUGCAGCGGGUUGUUGGUUCGGGUCGGGUCCUGUAGUAGCGGGUCCGGGUCGGAAGCGGGUCGUAACAAUCGGACUCGCGCAGGACUCUAGCUAGCGUUAUCUGUGAAAAAGCAAUAAUGAAUAGGGCCCAAUGUUUUUCUACAGUACUUAUCCUUUCUCUCAUGCUACUUGCAAUAAUGUUAGUGUUAGCAACAAUGUUAAGGCUGUUGUCUAGAUUUAAACAGAUAACAUUAAAUAAGUUAGUUGUAUUGAUGUCCCUUAUACAUGCACUUCCUUGAAUUUCCAAAAAGAGAUUCGGAUCAUUUAAAAGAAUGCUAAAUCAAACAUGUAUUUCUUGAUGCCUAUUGUGAGUCGUAUUUGCUAUUUUAAACGCAUAGAAUUGCUUUAUAUGUUGUUUAUACUCUGCAUUUCCUUUUAGGACAUUAGGAUCAAGAAUGUUGAUUCUUGGGCAAGUUUAGGAAAGAUGGCCACUUCCACACCAUCCAUAAUAAAGUCCUCUAGUGAGAGUUUUCAGCAGUUCAGAAAAGCUGCAAUGGAAAAGGAAGA